AUGGGCAAAGCGGCAAUAGGCCGUCAAGUCGCCGAGCCCAUCGUCGUCUCUGACGAGUACAUGCAGUACCUGACCAAGCUGAUUCCGUCUACACCGGAACUCGUAAAGGCCGGCUUCGUAGUGAGUCCGCUCACCCCGACGGAACUUCAAGCGAAGGUCAAGUGCAAGAACUGCCACAAGAGAUCGCCACCACCCCCUUCUCAAUUCCGCCCCGCCGUCGCCAUCGACUGCGAAAUGGGCGUCUCCUCCGACUUCGAAUCCGAGCUCAUCCGUUUAUCUCUCAUCGACUACUUCUCCGGCCAAGUCCUCAUCGACCGACUCGUCCGCCCCAAUGUGCCAAUGCAACACAUGAACACGCGUUACUCUGGUGUAACUAGGCAGGAUCUCCAAAACGCCAUACGCAACGGGACUUGUAUUAUCGGUGGCCUUGAAGAGGCGCGCAAAGAGGUGUGGAAGUUUGUCGGGCCGCAGACUGUGGUGAUUGGACACUCGGUAAGGAACGAUUUGAGUGCUUUGAGGUGGAUACAUAAUCGGUGCGUGGAUAGUUUGGUAGUGGAGGAGGGGGUGAGGAAGAAGAUCAAGGCUAAAGAAGAGGAGGAGGAAAAGGAGAAGGAAAAGGUGAGGGAAAAGCAGAAAGAGGAGAGGUUGUUGGAGAUAAGCUUGCAUUGUGGCCCGGGCAUGGCGGAGGAAACGAGAAGGAUGAUGGAGGAGGAGGAGAUUAAGGAGAAGGAGAAGAUGAAGAAAAUGAGGGGGAAGAGGGGGGAAGAUGGCAUGUCGUUGAAGGCGCUGACCAAGAAGAAGCUUGGUCGUGUGAUUCAAGAUGCUGGGAAGAAGGGGCAUGAUAGCGUCGAGGACGCUGUGGCGGCUAGGGACUUGAUCCACCAUCAUAUUUUGGGUCUGAUGCAGAAGGAUAGGGAGAAGAAAGAGGCCGAGAGCGAGGUCAAGGGGGAGGCCGAGGCUGCUUUUGCUCAGGUACUGGCGGAGGGUACGAGGGAUGCGGAAAUGGGUUCUGUUUUUGCCGCUUUCCCAUGA